AUGCUUCACAAAGUUGUUGUCAAUGCCUACAACUUUUGGGUGGUAGUCUUCGUUGCCAUCGGCACAAUCGCAAGUGCUUACGGGUUGGCUAUCAUUGGAUCGACUGUCGGGCAGCCCAAUUUCUAUACAUAUUUCAAUCUGCCCGUGCAAGGCGAGCCGGGAUAUGCACACACCACCAAUAUGAUAGGUGCCCUCAAUGGCAUCAACUCGGCCGGUGCGGUCGUUGGGUGUUUGGCACAGGCGUGGACAGCAGACUAUUUCGGUCGCAAGCGAACCAUGCAAGGUGGGUGUGUCAUUUUGAUUAUAGGUGGUGCAAUUUGUGCGGGUGCAGUCAACAUGGGAAUGUUUCUUGCUGGUCGUUUUAUCGCUGGUGUGGGUGCGGCUAUCCUGGCAUGCAUUGUGCCCAUCUACCAGGCUGAGGUUUCCACUGCCGAGACACGAGGUGCGAUGGUUUGCGUUACUGGAAUCAUGUAUGCGGUAGGAUAUAGCUUGGCCGGAUGGCUUGGCUUUGCAUGUUUCUAUAUGAAAGCAAGCAGCCCCCACUCGGCGUUUGCCUGGAGAUUUCCCCUCGCGUUCCAGGUCACCUUUCCCCUUAUUGUUCUCGCUGGGAGUUCAUUGAUACCCUUCUCUCCCCGAUGGUUACUUCAAAAAGGACGGCGAGACGAGGCCUUUGAGAUUGUUAAACGCCUACAUAAAACCCCUGACGACCCCAAUGAUGCCCGUGCUAAACAAGAGUUUCUUUUGAUCGAGAAGCAGUUUGAGCAUGACCGGGCCAUGAAUACCAGGUCCUUCGAAAUAUUUCGGACGGCUGCAAACCGCCGGCGGGCAUUUACGGCCUUCCUUCUCAUGGCCGGGGAUCAAUUCCUUGGAAUCUACGUUAUUGCCAAUUACGGUGUCCUCAUCUACAGCUAUCUCGGCUUCUCUGGUGCAAUUCCGCUUCUUCUCAACGCGUGUUGGACGACUUUCACUCUCAUCGGCAAUACUUGGACUGCUUUCUACUUAGACCGUGUUGGCCGACGAACAUGCCUACUAAUCGGCUCGAUCGGCUGCACUGUCUCUGCCAUAUUUCUCUGUGCACUGUCCGCGGAAUACCUGGGAACCGACAACAUGCCAGGCCUCCGAGCAGCGGUGUUUUUUACGUUCUUUUACAUAUUUUGGUGGUGCUUUUUCAUGGAUGCGACCCAGUAUGUCUAUGUCGCAGAAAUAUUUCCCAAUCAUUUGCGGUCUCAGGGAGUGGCAAUCGGCCUCAGUACCUUCUACCUCACUUCUGAAGUCACACUCGUUGCAGCGCCAGUGGCUCUGAACACGAUUGAAUGGAAAUUCUACCUGGUGUUGAUCGUCCCGUCUAUCUUCUACACCGGGGCCAUUUACUUCCUCUUCCCAGAAACGAAGGGUCGCACCUUGGAGGAAAUUGGUGCUUUAUUCGGCGAUGCAGAAAACGUUGUCUCCCAUUGGUAUGAUGCGACCGAAGAAGAGCGUGAGAAGAUUGCCCGAGAGGCACUGGGUGACGCUGAGGAGACCAGCAAUAGCGAGGGACCCAAGCCCGUUGUGGUUCAUGUGGAGUCAAGCUAA